UUAAUUUUAAAAGAAAUAGUAUUCUAAAUUUACAUGAAACAAAAUUGUGAUGAGACCUGUAGUUAAAUAAUUGUGUUUUUGUGGUUAAUUAGUAAUCAAUUAAUAUGACAGUUACUAAAUGCCUCAAUUCAUAUUUCAAUGUCAAUUAUAUUUUGCAAAAUUGAUUUUAAAUCAUUAUAAAAGCUUGUCUAAUGAGAAAGGUCAACACCACAUAAAAUAUUAAAUCAUUAUGUUCAUUCACACAAAUACGGAAAUAAGUAAUAAAUGAAAUAUCACAGUGGUGAACGCUUCAAGAAACAAUGAAAAUACUUGAAUAUAUUUAUAAACAUUACAUUCAUAAUCAUAGGUGAACUGAAAUUUAAGAAACAAAGGACAAAUUAAAUGAUUAUUUAUUAUUUGAAACAAAGGCAGUAUUUUCAAGCUCUAUUGUACCAUCAAGGACAACUUUUUUCACAGUUUCACCCUUUUCUGCCAGGAUCUCUUCUAUAUUUCUUUUACCUUCUAAAUCUGAAAACCAUCCAAGAUUAUCUGCAAUUAAAUGGUUGUUCUUGCAGCCAUCACAUUCUAUAAUAACAACUCCUUUAUUAUAUGCUAUUUUUGAAAUCGUUUUAGUAUUUCUUGUGUUACAUUUCUUGCAUGUAAAUGCUAUUAGAAAUCUCACACUCUCAAUUUUACCCAAGGGAACUCCAUCUCCACCAGCAUUGACUGUUGAAAAACUUAAACCUUUAUUGGGAUAUUUAAAUAUCACAUUUGUUUUUAAAAUUUGUUCACUGGAUUUCAGAAGAGCUAAAUUACGAACAGAAGUUGACAACUCGCGGGCUAUCCGCCUCAAUGGGUAUAAAAACAUUAUUUAAAAAGUUCCAAGUAAAUGUUUACAUUAUGAUUUUACUGAGCAGAAUUUUUUCAAGUUAGCUGUAUCAUAGCUAGUUUAGAUUAAAUCAGAACCGAAUUCAGAAAAAAUUACAAAGCACAAUCUUGAUAGUACCAUAACCAUACCCUCAUAUAACCAACACUGCAAUUUCUUUUCCAAGCUACGGCAACGUCGCUCAUGAAUGAGAUUUGGCAACAUUGUGAUGUGGUGAACCCGUAGUUCAUGACAUUUUCAAGACAAAAAUAUGCUUUCGUUUUGACUGCUUCUGCUGGAAGUGUUUCUAAAUUUGAUUUACUAUUUACUACAUUUAACAAUUAGUUUUCGAAUGUUGGAUACCAGCAUAUAUGACCGGCAGUUGUGUGAUUUUAGUGAAUGGAUCUGUUCAUCAACCUAAGGAUAAUUCGCCGACAAUGUUGUUGACCUCUUAGUAAAUAGUUUACUACUAUGACGAAAUAUUUUGCCUUAACAAACUUCCAAUAACCAUGUUUUUUUUAAAAACUGUUCACAUGGAAGAGCCGUUUUGAGGUAAGACAAUUUUUUGACUUCAUUAUUCUAUACACUUUUUUAAGCUUAGCUGUUAAAAUGGCUCUUCCUAAAAGAAAAGAAAUUUAUAAAUACGAAGCUCCAUGGCCUCUGUAUAGUAUGAAUUGGUCAGUUAGACCUGACAAGAGAUUUCGCCUAGCACUUGGAAGCUUUGUUGAAGAAUACAACAAUAAAGUUCAAAUAGUUCAGUUAAAUGAAGUCACUUCUGAAUUCACAGCUAAAAGUACAUUUGACCAUCCUUAUCCCACAACUAAAAUAAUGUGGAUUCCUGACAGUAAAGGUGUUUUUCCGGAUCUGCUUGCUACUAGUGGUGAUUAUCUUCGUGUUUGGCGAGCUGGUGAGUCGGAAACUAGACUUGAAAGUGUAUUAAACAAUAACAAAAAUUCUGAUUUCUGUGCUCCAUUAACAUCUUUUGAUUGGAAUGAAGUAGAUCCAAAUCUGAUAGGUACUUCAAGCAUUGAUACUACUUGCACGAUUUGGGGUUUAGAAACGUCUCAGGUUGUAGGUAGGGUACAUACAGUAGCUGGUCAUGUUAAAACUCAAUUGAUUGCUCAUGAUAAAGAGGUAUAUGACAUUGCAUUCUCAAGAGCUGGUGGUGGAAGAGAUAUGUUUGCAUCUGUUGGUGCUGAUGGUUCUGUUCGAAUGUUUGAUCUGAGACACUUAGAACAUUCUACUAUUAUAUAUGAAGACCCUCCACAUGCACCGUUGUUACGAUUAGCAUGGAACAAACAGGAUCCAAAUUAUUUGGCAACAGUAGCUAUGGAUGCAUGUGAAGUUAUUAUUCUCGAUGUAAGAUUACCAUGUACUCCAGUUGCAAGACUGAACAACCACAGGGCAUGUGUUAAUGGUAUUGCAUGGGCUCCCCAUUCAUCAUGUCAUAUAUGCACAGCAGGAGAUGACCAUCAAGCUCUAAUUUGGGAUAUUCAACAAAUGCCUCGAGCUAUAGAAGAUCCAAUAUUGGCUUACACUGCUGCGGAAGGUGAAAUCAACCAAAUUCAGUGGGGCGCAACGCAACCUGAUUGGAUAGCAAUUUGCUAUAACAAAUCAUUGGAAAUUCUGCGAGUUUAAACUUAUGAACUAUAAUCAAAUUAUAGUUAAGGUUAGAAAAGUUUAAUGCCCAUUAUUGAUGUUUAUUGUGUACACAUUCUAUGAAUGAUCUAUAUAAGCUUUUUAUCAUGUUAAUGAAGAGUAAGACUACUUUUUAAUUAUUAAAAUGUGAAUGUGCUACUGUAUUAUUAAGGUAUCUUGAAAGUGAGAUAGUAUGCCAAGUACUUCAGAGGUGUAUAUAACUAAGGGAAAUAUUGUUAAUAUAUUUGGUUUUAAAACUUUUUGUAAUAUUUUUAGGAUAAAUAGUAGAGCAAAUAAUGUGUACAACAUUUUAUUUUGCUCAUACCGAGUAAUUAAAUGUGCUGAAAACUAAAUCAAUUAAUUUAUUGAAUUCAGAGUUUUCGCUACCAUCCUUUGUGGUUUGAUUUACUUUUCAUUGGCUGUAAUUAUGUUUGUUUUUCCUUUGUUAUUAGUUGUAAAUCUUUAAGAUUAGCUUUAAGGAAAUAUAUAAAGGCCAUAGGCAAACCUCUUACAAAUGUCAAGUAUAAAUAGUUUUUUGUUUGAAUGGAUGUUUGUUUUCUGUGUAUAUUAUGUUUGUAAAAACUUACUUCUAAAUAUUGAAUUUAAAAAGUUAUAUUGGUGGACGUGAGUCAAUUUCUAAAAGUAUUUAAACACUUCGUGAUUUUUGAAGACUGUUUUAUUGUAGUUAAUUUAUAAUUUAUUCCACUUUAAUUUUAUUUUAUUUGCUUUUAUUAUCUACGUUUUAAUUGUUGACACUCUAUCAAAUAGAGUAUGCAAUCAAGCAGAGACUGAGCAAUUAUAUCUUUAGAGCCCAACACCACAAUGGAUAUGAUAAUAAACUUACUACAGUCUGCCUUAAUGUUAAGGAAAUAUUCUGUUUUUGUAUUUAUUCUGGUCACUAAGCCUUUAAUAUAGCAUUUGCUGAAAUGUACAUUUUGUUGUGAAUUCUUUUUAUGUUUUAUACCACCUGUUUGCCUUAUGAAUUAAAUAGAUGGUUUUAGAUUGUAUUUUUUUUUU